CGUCAGAACAAUGACUGGAAGGCAGGGAAAUUUUAGUCCACCUGAGCAAAGACGGGGCAAAGCAACGGGAACCAGCCAAAGUUUUAAUGGACAGCAGAAGGAAGACACUAAAAACAAUCUUGAGCUGCAUCCUGGGAGCAGUGGCAGCCUUGUUGUUUUAUCUAAAUGCUGUAAAUAGUAACAGACUGGUAAGAAGAUGGAACCUGCCAAUUCACAGGAAAUCUCCAUCAACAACAACAACGGGAACAACAGCAGCAGAACCGCAGUGGGAGGAUCCUGGGCCGUAUCAUGUGGCUUACCCACGAAAUUACACAUUCGUCAUGGACGACACGCCUACAUGCAAGACCACGACCCCAUUCCUGAUCCUUGUAGUUCCUGUUGCACCGAGUAACGUGGAGAGUAGGAACGCCAUCCGGGAGACAUGGGGAAGUGAAAAGCUGGUUCUAGGUCAGCUGGUUGAGACUGUCUUCAUACUGGGCCUCCCCGGAGGAGACAAUGCUGAGCAGCAGCAGGAGAGACUUAAAGAGGAGAACCAGCAGCAUCGCGACCUGAUUCAGAGUAACUUCCAGGACAGCUACCGCAAUCUGACCAUCAAGACUAUGGUCAUGUUGGAGUGGCUGGCGAAGAACUGUGACAAGUCUUCCUUUGUCAUAAAGAUUGACUCAGAUGUGUUUCUUAAUGUGAAAAAUUUGGUCAAACUGUUACUGGAUCCUGGCACGUCAAAGGAAAAUUACAUGACAGGCUUGGUGUGGUGGCACAGCCCGGUUUUAAGAAACCCAUUCAUCAAGUUUUACAUGCCGACAGAUGUGAUCCCCGAGCCAGAGUAUCCCCCGUAUCCUCUGGGCAUGGCCUACGUCAUGUCUCUGGAUCUCCCUGCAAAGAUCUUGAGAAUUUCACCUCAGAUCAAACCUAUCUAUAUUGAAGACGCCUACCUGGGCAUGUGUCUGAAACGCCUCGGCAUCUCUCCCACGGACCCCCCUACGCAAAAAACGUUCUUCGUUGAUCCCAAGCAUCCUCUGAGCCGCUGCGAUCUUUCAGAAGCGAUCGCUACGAUGACAAAAAUGCUCUCGCAGAUGAAGUGGUACUGGGAGAGAAGUAGGAAGGAACAACCGUGCUCAAUUGCGCAGGUUAACCAAGAGUGAAUUUAAGGCUGUUGGUGGUGGUGGGAGGAACAGAACAGGUAUUUAUUGUGAAAGAUUCUUGGGUAGAAGAUUUUUCCUGUUAUCAGAUCAGAUCACCAACCAUCACUUUACAAGCCUUCUAAACGUAACUUUAUUGUGUCUCUUUAUGUUUGUCCUUUUGCUUGAGCUGAAAUGUCUUUGGUAGAUGUUGCACAAGAUUUGAACAAUGUUAUUAUGAGUUAAAGAAUCCUGUUGAUUUAUUUUAGACAUAAAAGUAGAUUUUUAGUGACUAUACUUGUAUAAGUAAUACUUUAAUUUCCAGCAUCUCAGGGUUAUUGUGACAGCUGUGGAUUUCCUAUUUUUAUAUAUGUCAUCCUGGGGUGAAACCAAGGAGAGAAUCCUUUCUGAUUGUGUGUUCAGGGUCCUUUCAAAGUUACAGAAUGAAUUGCGGGGAAAUUAAUUACCUUUUUGUAUGGUAUUCCUCUAUCAAUAAUUAAUAAGUAAAUGGUUUGCAUGGGAUGUUUUUUUGGCACCGUGUUGUGAAGAUGUCCAUCAGGGAGGGGAGAAGGCAGCGGACAAUCCUCUUUGCUGCCUUGACUGUCCUCUGAAGUCUCGCUCUGUCCGCCUCGGUGCAGCUCCCGUACAAUGUGGAUGCACAGUACGUCAGCAGGCUCUCUAUGAAAAUGAAAAUCGUAUCAGACUUUAUUGUCAUUAAGUACAAUGUUUCUGUGCAGAUGGUGGCAAGUAAGCAAGCAAAGUAAGUGCUUUAAAAAAAAAAAAAAAAAUGGUGCUAAGACUCUGAUGGAGUCAAAUUCUUAUUUUACAGUUGCUGUUUCUCAUCCUUCCAGUAGAGGUCAGGCUAAUAUAAGAUAUAAUUUACGCUCAGAGCGGCUCAGCUCUGACCUUCAGGAAUUUUUUGUUUGAAAACAUUUGCAAUCUGGAAUGACACUUUUAAAAUGAUUUUUUUUUUUUUUUUUCAUGAAAUAAAAAAAAAGACU